UCCUGCUGCGGUUGUAAACACUACGCUCCUAGUUUUCUGGAGUGUUGGACUUACCAUCUAUUCCUCGGGUUUUGUGGAGGAAGGACAGCACAAAGAUGCACAUCAAGUCUAUAAUUAUUGAGGGAUUUAAGUCCUAUGCCCAGAGAACAGAGAUUAAUGGUUUUGACCCACUGUUCAACGCGAUUACUGGACUGAACGGCAGCGGCAAGUCCAAUAUUCUUGACUCCAUAUGUUUUCUGCUGGGCAUUUCUAAUCUUUCUCAUGUCCGAGCCUCCAACCUUCAGGAUCUGGUGUACAAAAAUGGACAAGCUGGCAUCACUAAAGCCACUGUCUCCAUCACCUUUGACAACUCAAACAAAAGCCAGAGUCCACUUGGUUUUGAGACUCACGACGAAAUCACCAUCACUAGGCAGGUGGUAAUUGGUGGAAGAAAUAAAUACCUGAUUAAUGGUGUGAACGCUAACAACACCAGAGUCCAGGACCUGUUCUGCUCUGUUGGGCUCAAUGUCAACAAUCCCCAUUUCCUCAUCAUGCAGGGAAGAAUCACAAAGGUUUUGAAUAUGAAACCACCAGAGAUUCUUGCUAUGAUUGAAGAGGCUGCAGGUACAAGGAUGUAUGAGUGCAAAAAGAUCAGUGCUCAGAAAACAAUAGAAAAGAAAGAAGCCAAAUUAAAGGAAAUUCAGACUAUUUUAGAUGAGGAAAUUACUCCAACCAUGCAGAAACUGCAGGAGGAAAGGUCGUCCUACCUGGAAUACCAGAAGCUAAUGCGUGAGAUCCAGCACUUGUCUCGUCUGUACGUCGCCUGGCUGUUUGUCUGUGCUGAAGAGACAAAGACUAAAUCUGCAGAAAAUCUCAGGAUGAUGCAAGAAAACAUUGCCAAGAUGCAAGCAUCCAUAGCUGAAAAUGAGGGCAAGGUGAAGGAGCUGACUGCUCAAAUUCGAGAACUGCAGAAGAAAAAAGAUCAGGAGGUAAAUGGAGUUUUGAAAACUUUGGAGGAAUCUCUUGCUGAAGUUCAACGUGUGGAUGCCAAAGCUCAGAGUUCCCUUGAUGUGAAAAAACAGAAUCUGAAAGAUGAAACAAAGAAAAAGAUGGAGCUGGUCAAAAGUAUGGAGGAGGACAAAAAAGUGCUUGUGGUGAAAGAAAAGGAAGUUGCUAAAUUUACUCAACAGCUUCAGGCCUUACAAGAAGAAGGACAGAAGGACAAUGCUGCUCUGGAAGUUGCUGAGCAACAUUUUAGGGCUGUUUCCGCUGGUCUUUCUACAAAUGAAGAUGGAGAAGAAGCGACUCUGGCUGGUCAGAUGAUGACCUGUAAAAAUGACAUGAGCAAAGCAGAUACUGAAGCAAAGCAGGCCCAGAUGGCCCUGAAUCAUGCCCAGGCCGAACUGAAAACCAAGCAGGCAGAGGUGAAAAAGAUGGACAGUGGCUACAAGAAGGACCAGGACACAUACAACGCUCUCAAAAGCAACAGGGAAAAACUGCAAGCUGAGAUGGAAAAACUCAACUAUGAGGAUGGUAUGGAAGAAAGACUGCUGGAUCAAAAAAAACGGCUGUCUAGAGAGGUUGCGAAACUUAAAGAGACGUAUGAAAGUCUGGUUUCCCGCUUUCCUAAUCUACGCUUUAACUACAAGGACCCAGAGAGAGGUUGGGACCGCAGCAAAGUGAAGGGCUUACUGGCCAACCUGAUCUCAGUGAGUGAUGUGUCUUAUGCCACAGCCCUGGAGGUAGUGGCAGGAGGGCGACUCUAUAACAUUGUUGUGGACACUGAGGUGACUGGUAAGAAACUUUUGGAUAAGGGUGAGUUGCAGAGAAGAUACACCAUCAUCCCCCUGAACAAAAUCUCUGCCAAAACCCUCAAUGACAGAGUGGUGAACACUGCAAAGAGCUUGGUUGGUGAAAACAAUGUUCACACUGCUCUGUCACUUGUUGGCUAUGAAUCUGACCUCCGUAAAGCCAUGGAGUACGUGUUUGGUUCAACAUUGGUUUGUGAUACUCUGGACAAUGCCAAAAAGGUGGCUUUUGAUAAACAGGUGAUGACUAAAACAGUCACACUAGGAGGAGAUAUCUUUGACCCACAGGGAACACUGAGUGGAGGUGCUCGGUCCCAGACUGGGUCAGUUUUGGCCAGCCUACAGUCACUGAAGGAUGUUCAGGACCAGCUGAUUGAAAAGGAGAAGCAGCUUAAAGAAACAGAAGUGCAGCUGGCCAGUGUGAAGACAACUGCAGAGAAAUAUCGGCAGCUGAAGCAACAGUUUGAGCUGAAGGUUCAGGAUGAGCAGAUUCUUCAAGCCAAACUUCAGCAGAGCUCAUUUCAUCAGCAAGAGGAGGAGCUUGAGAGACUUCGCAAGGCAAUAGAGGAGAGUGAGGAGAAAUUAAAGUCCACUAAAGAAGUACAGAAGCGGGCUGGAGAGAAGUACAAAAUGUUGGAGAAUAAGAUGAAGAAUGCCGAAGCCGAGAGGGAGAAGGAGCUAAAGGCUGCUCAGCAGAAACUUAAUGCUGCAAAGUCAAAAGCUGAUGCUUUUCAGAAAAAACUCAAGCAGAAACAACAGGAGUCUGAUGCUGUAGCUCUAGAGCUGGAGGAACUGCGUAGAGAGCAGACGGGUUAUGAGGAACAGAUCCAAGCUGUGGAGGAGGCCAUGAAAGCCAUUCAGGAGCAGAUAGACACCAUGUCUUCCACCGUGUCCCAGAAUAAGGAUGCAGUGCGUAAAGCCCAGGAAGAACUGGACAAGCAGAAGGAAGUGAUUAUGUCUCAGGACAAAGAGCUCAAGGGGAAAAGCUCAGAAGCAAAUAAAAUCAGUGAGCAGAACAACGAACUGCAACUUAAAAUCAAGGAAAUGGAUCACAAGAUCAGUAAACACCAUAAAGAAAGCCAGGAUGCUGCUGAUAAGGUGUCCCGAAUGCUGGAGGAACAUGACUGGAUACAAUCAGAGCGUCACUUGUUUGGUCAGCCAAACUCGUCUUAUGACUUUAAGACCAACAACCCUCAGGAGGCUGGUCAACGUCUGAAGAAGCUGGAGGAGACUACCACAAAACUGGAAAGAAAUGUCAACAAGAGAGCCAUGAACAUGCUCAAUGAGGCAGAGGAAAGGUACAAUGAACUGAUGAAAAAGAAAAGGAUUGUGGAAAACGAUAAAGCCAAGAUUUUACAGACAAUUGCAGAGUUGGACCAGAAGAAAAAUGAAGCCCUUAAUUUGGCCUGGCAGAAGGUUAACAAAGACUUCAGCUCUAUUUUCUCCACUCUGCUGCCAGGAGCGAUGGCUAAACUGUCCCCUCCGCAGGGAUGUGGAGUCCUUGAGGGUCUGGAGUUUAAAGUUGCUUUGGGCAACACAUGGAAAGAGAAUUUGACUGAACUCAGUGGUGGACAAAGAUCACUGGUGGCCCUGUCUCUUAUUCUGGCCAUGUUGCUCUUCAAACCUGCUCCCAUCUACAUCUUGGACGAGGUUGAUGCAGCUCUGGAUCUUUCACACACGCAAAAUAUCGGACAAAUGCUGCGCACUCAUUUCAGGCAUUCCCAGUUCAUUGUAGUUUCCCUAAAGGAUGGAAUGUUCACCAAUGCCAAUGUGUUGUUCAAAACCAAGUUUGUUGACGGUAUGUCCACCGUGAGCCGAUCUGCGCUCAGCCAAAGUGAUGCAAACCUCCCUCGGAAAGGGCUCGAUAAGGCUCGUCAAAAGGACAAGCAGAGAACCAAGUCGACCAGAGAGGCCAUUUAGGUCUGGUGUAAAUGUGUAUCUUUGUAUUUUUACUCUCAAAUUCUGAAAUCGCCACCUGAUCAGUGCCUAUUUUCUGCUUUGCCGUGACAUCAUGCUGGGGGUGUUUUACAUGUAUCUCUAUUGGUGGAAUGUUCAGCUGUUGCCAUGGUGACACAAUGCAGACAAAAAGAUUUAAACAAUGCAUUUUCAGGAGUCUGAUCAGUACCAGCGUUUGUCCUGUUUAUAUGUGAGUUUUAACAGAGUGACACUGUUGCUAAUGUUCCUAAUGCUAACUCACUUGUGACUAUAAUUAUGAGAGAGAAUUGUUUUAGCAGCACAAAUCAGCUCGCCUGUUGUAGUUUCAACUAAGUCAGCUCUUUCUGGUCAGACUGUACUAAAUUAGACUUAAUCUGAGCUUUAUUUUAAAUAACAGCUUCUAACAGAGUAGUUCUCACCGUUAAGCUUCACACCCCCAGAAAAUUGACAUGAGCUGAAACGUAUCAAUAUUUACUGUCUCUUUUUGUAUGUUUAACCCUUUUAUAGCCUG